AUGGAUGCUUCAACAAAGGAACAAAAUGAAGAUAACGAUGAUAUAUAUGUAAAAAGAAUAAUAAAUAUUGAAAUAACAACAAAAGUAAAAGAUUUUCUUGAAAGCUUUGGAAAAGAUAAAGAUAAAAUAUUAAAAUGGUGCAAGGAAAAUAAAUCAUUAUAUUCAAAUAAAAUAAAUGAAAAGACAUUGAAGUUAUUUUUUGAUGAAUCCGAAAAUAUUGAUAAUAAAAUUUUGAAAGAAAAUAGUAUCAAUAUAGAUAUAUUAAAUUUAUUAUUAUAUUUUUAUAAUUUAUAUUGUACAAAUACAAAUAAAGAAAAAAUAAAUGCUCAUGAUAUUAUGAGCAAUUCAUCUAUAACAUACAGAGGGAUAUACGAAAACAUUAAUGAAAAUAGUCCAUCCUUUAAGAACUUAUUAAAGGAAGAAAAAAAAUAUAAAAAGUUGGUUGGAGAGACAACUCAAAUAAAUGAGUUUUUUUCAAACUACAAAAAGACAAUCCCGUAUGGAAUAAACAUAAUAGUUGGAAUUUUCCUGACAUUUUUGAGCGGAUACUAUGGGAGUCUUUUAGUUGGCAUCACCAAAUUUACAACGAGACUAAUAUGCGGUAUCGUCUUUUCUUAUAUCACUUUAAUUAUUGAAGUAAUAAUUUUUAUAGUAAUAAAUGAAAAAAUGAACAAAUUGAAAAAAACGCAAAAAAAGAUGAGUAACAAUUAUAGUUUAUAUCAAAGGUUGUAUUUUUCUAAAAAUGAUAAUAAUGAUGAAAAAGUCCAAGAACUAAAACAAGUUGACAAACAGAUGGCAAUUAAGCAAAGGAAGAAAAAAUGA